AGGCGAGCAGGAAUGAAAGGAGGGAGGAGUUUUGAUUGUAUUGUCGUUAAGGGCGCUGCUGGUGAGCCGCGAACCGUCGGUCGUUGGAGUGACAGCGACAUGAUCUGGUCAGAGCCGGUAAGACCGUAAAACAGUCCGCUGCUACCUAACGAAACAUACAACACGUCAAAACAACAGCUUAAUUAAGUAGCCCAGACGACCGCAUAGCCUGCUGUAUAAGACGGAUAAAUGUAAGCUAUAUUUAAAAAAGCAACGUAGCGUGUUUCUCUCACAGAAAGAAAGUUCGCAUCUCUCUUUCCAGAUGAUGCUGAUGCGAGAGCAUCUCCUAUCUCUUUGGUGGGUUAGAUAGAAGGUCCGGUCGGACCCAUUUCACUGCGACACCUGCUUUAUUCUGUCCACCAUUAACAACGGACGGGGCUGUCAGAACAGAACGAAUGAGCAAAUAGCGGACAGGUCUGGACCAGAACAUCCGUCUAUUGCUCACCAUGAAACAGGGUGGUCUCGUGGACGACACGGAGGAUGUGGAGUUGGAUUUCAGUACCGAGGAGGAGGAGCAGAGAGCGCUCAGGGGGGUAAAGAUCCGACACCCCCUCGCCUCCUUCCUGCACCUGUUCUUCCGAGUGGCUGCCAUAGUAACCUACCUGCUCUGUGAUUGGUUCACCAAGAGCUUUACUUCCUGCUUCAUUAUGAUCAUCACUCUGCUGUCCUGUGACUUCUGGUCCGUUAAGAAUGUGACAGGCAGGUUGUUGGUGGGUCUGCGAUGGUGGAACCAGAUCGAUGAGGAUGGGAGGAGCCUCUGGGUGUUUGAGGACAGCAAGUCUUCUCCCCAGGCCGGUGGUACGGAGGUGGAGGCCAGGAUCUUCUGGUCGGGUCUGAUCAUCUGUCCUCUCAUCUGGACCGGCUUCUUCUUCACGACCCUGUUCUGUCUGAACACAGACUGGCUGGUGUUGGUGGUAGCCAGUAUCUCUCUCCAGGGGGCUAAUCUCUAUGGUUACCUGCGCUGCAAGAAUGGCGGACAGGAAGUCCCACCCACAUCCCCUUCCUCCUUCCUGCAGGGACAGCACUUCCUCCAGCGGCCUGAUAUCAUCUCCAGAAUGCUGUGAUGGAAUAGGAAUCACCUGCAGCUGCCUUCUCUGAGUGAGUGUGUGUGUGUGUGUGUGUGUGUGUGUACAUGUGGUCCCUAUGAGCACAUAGAAAGAUGUUGAAAAUAUGUUGAAAAUACGUCUUUCAAACAUUUGUUUGCUCACUGGGGCAUGUGUGUGUGUGUGUGUGCAGGUGUGUGUGUGCGGGUGUGUGUGUGUGUGUGUGUGUGCGGGUGUGUGUGCGUGUGUGUGCGCGCGCGUGUGUGUGCGUGUGUGUGUGUGCGUGCGUGUGUGUGUGUGUGUGCGGGUGUGUGUGUGUGUGUGUGUGCGCGCGUGUGUGUGUGUGUGUGUGUGUGUGUGUGCGCGCGUGCGUGCGUGUGUGUGUGUGUGUGUGUGUGUGUGUGCGGGUGUGUGCGGGUGUGUGUGCGCGCAUGUGUGUGUGCGUGUGUGUGCAUAUGUGUGUGUGUGUGUGUGUGUGUGUGUGUGUGUGUGUGUGUGUGUGUGUGUGUGUGUGUGUGUGUGACAGACAGAGCAGGAAAUGGAACUCAGAAGGGGACAGAAGCCCAUCAACAUCAAAGCUCCUGGAAUCAGUUUCAUAUUCAGCAUUUUAAUUAUAUUGAUUUAAUUUUAUAUUUCUAUGAAUAUAUACAGUAUUUAUUUUUUACUUCUGACGAUGUUAUAAUCUGUUUCCUGUCUGUCUGACGCCUUAUAGAACAAACACACCUUUCUGUUUCCUGUCUGUCUGACGCCUUAUAGAACAAACACACCUUUCUGUUUCCUGUCUGUCUGACGCCUUAUAGAACAAACACACCUUUCUGUUUCCUGUCUGACGCCUUAUAGAAACAAACACACCUUUCUGUUUCCUGUCUGUCUGACGCCUUAUAGAACAAACACACCUUUCUGUUUCCUGUCUGACGCCUUAUAGAACAAACACACCUUUCUGUUUCCUGUCUGACGCCUUAUAGAACAAACACACCUUUCUGUUUCCUGUCUGACGCCUUAUAGAACAAACACACCUUUCUGUUUCCUGUCUGUCUGACGCCUUAUAGAACAAACACACCUUUCUGUUUCCUGUCUGUCUGACGCCUUAUAGAACAAACACACCUUUCUGUUUCCUGUCUGUCUGACGCCUUAUAGAACAAACACACCUUUCUGUUUCCUGUCUGUCUGACGCCUUAUAGAACAAACACACCUUUCUGUUUCCUGUCUGUCUGACGCCUUAUAGAACAAACACACCUUUCUGUUUCCUGUCUGUCUGACGCCUUAUAGAACAAACACACCUUUCUGUUUCCUGUCUGUCUGACGCCUUAUAGAACAAACACACCUUUCUGUUUCCUGUCUGUCUGACGCCUUAUAGAACAAACACACCUUUCUGUUUCCUGUCUGUCUGACGCCUUAUAGAACAAACACACCUUUCUGUUUCCUGUCUGUCUGACGCCUUAUAGAACAAACACACCUUUCUGUUUCCUGUCUGUCUGACGCCUUAUAGAACAAACACACCUUUCUGUUUCCUGUCUGUCUGACGCCUUAUAGAACAAACACACCUUUCUGUUUCCUGUCUGUCUGACGCCUUAUAGAACAAACACACCUUUCUGUUUCCUGUCUGUCUGACGCCUUAUAGACCAAACACACCUUUCUGUUUCCUGUCUGUCUGACGCCUUAUAGAACAAACACACCUUUCUGAUUCCUGUCUGUCUGACGCCUUAUAGAACAAAACACACCUUUCUGUUUCCUGUCUGUCUGACGCCUUAUAGAACAAACACACCUUUCUGUUUCCUGUCUGGUGGCUAAUAAAACAAACACACCU